GGUAACGUAUUUUGAGUCUUAAUAAUCCAAAUAAAAUAUUUUGUGAGAAUAAUAAACAACGGCCUAAAUCCCUUGAUAGAAUAAUAACAUUGCGUUUAAAAACAACAACAACAAAAUGGUAAGCGACACUAUUAAAUUGUUUUAAGAGAGAUUUUAGCAAGCUGUUUACGAUACGUUGUAGAAACGAAGAACAGAAAAGAAAGGAAAAUUGUAUUUCUUGAAUAAUGUAUUUCAAAACGCCUGCGGAAAGGAACGAUGGAAAAGUCAAAUAUCACGCUGAAAUGUAUACUAGAAACAUCUUAUGUUCAUAGAAGAUAAAUAAAGAUAGCUUUAUACACACACACACACACACACACACAUAUAUAUAUAUAUAUAUAUGAUUGAACAGAAACAAACGCUAUAUACAGUGUUGAAUUCUAGACGAGACGUAUAGACUUAAACAAGAGACAAUGGCAAAAAUAGUCGAAAUUGCUGAAGAGCAUUUGUGGGACUCUAUAUGUGGAGAAUCUGAUGAACCAUUUCCUAUCUGCUCAAAAGAUGAUGUUCUUCACGAAGAUUAUGACCCAGCAUUGCACCAUCCUGUUUUCUGUGGUUAUUUGUGUGCCAAAGUAGAUACCUAUGAAGAUGCAGCAGCAGAUUUUGACCCAGCUACCAGCCAUCCUGCAUGUGUGGGUUAUGUCCUCAUUGAUAUACCUAAAAAGCAUGUUAAACCCAAGUGUGAUGAAGCUCCUGAUCCCAAAACAUGUGAACCAAGUGAAUAUCUGCAGUAUUAUAUAUUCCCACUGUUGGUUCCUGCAUUGACAGAAGUUUUGAGACAGGCCAAACUAGAAAACUGCUUUGUGAGGAAAAAAACCAAAUUUAACUGUGCAGAUUUCCUGACAGAAUAUCUGUAUAAGAACAAUCCAAAUUAUAAUGAUCGGCAGGACAUUACUUUGUGGGAUAUUCCAUUUGUUAAGGAAUGGCUUAAAGACCAUGAAAAGUUCUUUGAUUAUCUCAUAUCCACACCUUUGUUGUCGUUAUUCUCAGUGACUUCAAUGCUCAUAGCUCUUCUUAACUCUCACACUCCUCUCAGACUGGUACGCUGUCAGCCUGAAAUUCAAGAACUACGACGAUGGCAGUGGGACUGGAAAGAAGAGAACAGAGGAAUACGGCUACAAGUUAAUGAAUUUUGGAACAAGAAAAUGCCUAACUAUCAUCCUGGAACAGAAAGUGAAGAAAAUAUUUCAUCCUCCAGUAUUCAAUAACUUUGAGGAAACAUACGACAGAAAUGAAUGAAGUUUUUGGUGGAUGGGAGACAUUGUACAUCAUUUCUUUGAUGGAAUGUGUAACAUUCAUUUCAUACAAAGAAUGUGGAUAUAAUGUAAGCAUAGUGAUAACAGUGGAAAAAUAACAAUUUGAGGCAUUUAUAUAUAAGUGAAUUAUAAAGUAUUAAACCUUAAAUCUUUAAUCUUU